CGCUCGCGGAGCGUCGUCGUGAACGGUCAGCCAGCGCGGCUAAUAACUAACUAACUUUGGUGACAGUGCGCCAUACUGACUCUGAUCCGAACCCGAAUCGAGGCCCACAGCAGCCAGAACAUAUUACCAACAAUAUAUCAGAGCGGAAAGUAAACGGAGCUACUCUGAACGAAAGAAAGACCUUCUCUAAGAUAAAUCCUGUUGAGUGUUUCGAGUUUUUUUUCGAGAUUGCAGUGAAAAACUCCAAGGGAUAUGCAAUUUCCUUAUCAAACGAAAGAGACGGCAACAACAACAGCAACCAACCGACAAGAUGCCAUCGCCAUCUCCCUCGCACCAUAUUAAUUUUUAUUUUUCAAGUGUCUGAAAUACAACAACCGACGUAAAAAAAAGAGGAGGAAAAAACGAAAAUAAAAUAUAAAUACGCAAAGGAAAAUCGCGGGAAGAGACGAGAAAAGUUUAAAGACGCCGAAGGCAAAAGUUCACAUAAAGCAGCCGAAAAAAGUUUUUCAAUUAUUGUAAAAAGUGUUAAAAAGAUAGGGCCAACGCGAGCGAGCGAGCGAGAGCGAGAGGGGGCUAGAGUGCGAGAGUGCGAGAACGAGACAGCCAGCAAUUAUCUUUCAUAAGCAAAAAAGUUUAGCAGCAGGCAAAAGAGCAAACGGAAUAAGACGAACGGGGGGGAAUUUAAUUAAAUUUAAUUAAUUGCUCUUUCAAGUGCCCCCGCGGCAACGCCCACAAAAGCAAAUAAAUUAAAAAUAUUAAACGCGUUAAUUUUCCGCUUAUUUCAUUAAAGCAGCAGCCCACCAAACAAAAACCAAACAAAAAUAUUUCGAAAAAGAAUAGAGAAAUCAAGCCAGAAGAGAGGGAAUUCUCAAAGGCAGAAGACAGAAGACCGGUGGGCAGAGAAGAGGUCACCAGAAGGUCACCGAAACCCCAAAAAAGAAUCCAAACCUAAACCCACGGAUAAGAAGCAAAGGAGCGAAGGAGCCAGCGAAGCGACCAACGAACCAAAAAUGAAUCCGACGCCCAUGGGCAUUGGAUUCGGAUUUGGUCGCAAGCCGCCCAACAAGGCCAGAAUGCGUUCCCGCUGGCGACCACCGCCGCCGGCGACAACCCUGCUGACCCCUGACCCCGCCGAGGGCGACAACCCGGCAGCCGAUCCGCUGCAGGUCACAGAGGCCUCCGCCUCAGCUUCGGCGCCAUCCUCGCCCAUCGGCGACCACCGCCAUCCGCAGCUGGACAGCAGCAGAGCUGCCGAGCCGAGGCUGCAGCACCAGCAACAGGAAGCACAGCACUACCGCCAGCACCGCGGCCAGUUGACAACCCUGGCGCUGCUGCUACUGGCCCUCGUAGCCCUCAGCAACCUGGAAACCCUGCUCGCCGUGCGCACCGAAGGACCGCGCAACCGCCAUGGAUCACCAGGUGGCAGCUUGGGCAGCACAGGCGGCAUCAAUACCGAGUGUCCGACGGACUCCUUCCGCUGCAACAACGGCAAGUGCAUCUCGCACCACUGGGUCUGCAAUUACCAAAAGGACUGCGACGAUGGCGAGGACGAGAUGCAGUCGUGCCCCCCACCGGAAUGCGAAACUCCCCAGCUGAACUGCGGGCAGUAUGUGUUCAACAAGACCUAUUGCAUCCCUCCGCACUAUCGUUGCGAUAUGAUCGAGGAUUGCGAGGACAAAUCGGACGAGGCCCAGUGCACUUACCGCAAGUGCCAGCACACGGACGUCUUCUGCAACGCCCCCAAUGGAGCCGCCCCCGCGGAGGGCGCCCGCCUGGCCGGACCCUGUGUGCCGAAGGAGAAACGCUGCGACGGCUACCUGGACUGCCGCACCGGGAAGGACGAGGAGGGCUGCAGCGGCGUCUCCUGUCGCCUCGACCAGUUCCGCUGCGCCAAUGGACACAAGUGCAUCGAUGCCGCUCUGAAGUGCAACCACCGCGACGACUGUGGCGAUAAUUCCGACGAACAGGGAUGCAACUUCCCGCCCUGCCACCACGCCCAGUUCCGGUGCUCGAACGCCCUAUGCAUUCCGUACAACUUCCACUGCGAUGGCUACCACGACUGCGCCGACAAGAGCGACGAGGCCAACUGCACGGCCAUCGCCUGUCCGGACAACAAGCACCUCUGUCCACGAGGAGGCGCCAGCGGAACACCCAAGUGCAUCCUGAAGUCCCAACUGUGCGACGGCAAGCGGGACUGCGAGGAUGGUAGCGACGAGGAGACCAACUGUUCGAUUGCCUCUUGCCCAGCUCUGAGUUGUGAGUUCAAGUGCGGACCCUCGCUGACCGGAGGCGUGUGCUACUGCAAACCUGGUCAAUCGCUGGCCCCGGACAACCGAACUUGUGUGGACCUCGACGAGUGCGCCGAGUGGGGUCACUGCGACCAGCUGUGCACGAACACCCUGGGCUCGUACACCUGCCAGUGUGCCCAGGGCUACACGCUGAUCAACGACUCCAAGUGCAUUGCCCCGGAUGCGAAUAACCUGCAGCUGAUCUUCGCCCACGAUCGUGCCAUAAUGCAAAUGAAGCCGCAUGGCAGUGAACCUAUGGUACUGGCCAAUGCCACCGCUGCGGCCGGAGUGACCUUCCAUUAUGCGAGGAAUACGCUCUACUGGUCGGACAUCAAGACAAGGAAGGUUCAAUCUCUGCCUCUGGAUGCACAGAACAAGGCUGUCUCGCCAUUCGAUCAAACGCUACCCGGAACCUGGGCUCCCGUAGCUCUGGCCGUCGAUUGGGUGGGCGAUAAGAUAUAUGUGGCCGAUUUGGUGGGUCAGAAGAUCGAUGUCUUCGAGCUGAGUGGUCAAUGGCAUGCCGUGGUCCUAGGUUCAAACCUCACCUCGCCCGCCGACCUCGCUUUGGAUCCCACGGCUGGUCUGAUGUUCGUGGCGGAUGGUGGUCAAGUGCUCCGUGCCCACAUGGAUGGAACCCAUGCCCGUUCGAUUGUCUCGGAGGCUGCCUACAAGGCGAGCGGCGUGACGGUGGACAUCAUUGCCAAGCGCGUCUUCUGGUGCGACUCCCUGCUGGAUUAUAUUGAGUCGGUAGACUAUGAGGGUGGUCAUAGGGUUAUGGUCCUUCGAGGACAGCAAGUGCCUAGUCCCUCGCGACUCGCUCUGUUCGAAAACCGCAUCUACUGGACGGAUGCCACCAAGCAGGGCAUCAUGUCGGUGGACAAGUUCGAGGGUCCCACCUCCAUUCAGGUGACCCACAAGUCCAAGGACAUUCGGGAGCCCAAAGGCAUCAUUGCGGUGCAUGCACUGAGUCAACCGAGGGUCUCGAAUCCAUGUGGCAAUAACAAUGGUGGCUGCAAUCAUAUGUGCAUCGUCACCGCGGUCAAGGGAGCUCCCACGGGAUUGGGUUUCCGUUGCGCCUGCUCGACGGGCUAUCAACUGGAGACGGACUUGAAGCUUUGCAAACCGGUUAGCGAGUUCCUCAUGUACUCGCAACAGCGAUUUAUCAAGGGCAAAGUAUUAGAGCCCGUGAUCGAGGGCUUCAGCGAUGCCAUUAUGCCAGUGGUUUCCCGCCGAGCUCGUUUCGUUGGCCUGGAUUUCGAUGCCCGCGAUGAGUUCAUCUACUACUCGGACGUUCUGCAGGAUGUGAUCUAUAGGGUGCAUCGAAAUGGAACAGGUCGCGAGAUUGUUUUGGCCUCCCAAAAUGAGGGCGUCGAGGGACUGGCUGUCGAUUGGGCCUCUAAGAAUCUCUACUACAUCGAUUCACGCAAGGGCACCUUGAAUGUCUUGUCCACGAGGAAUGUCACUCAUCGCAGGACUCUGCUGAAGAAUUUGAAACGUCCAAGGGCCAUUGUGGUCCACCCUAAUCGCGGCUUCAUCUUCUUCUCCGAAUGGGAUCGACCGGCGAAUAUCACGCGGGCAAACACCGAUGGCAGUGGUCUGUUGGUCUUCAAGAACGUCACUUUGGGAUGGCCCAAUGGUCUGUCUAUUGACUUCAAGGAGGAUAGGGUUUACUGGUGCGAUGCCUUGCUAGACCAUGUUCAACAUGCCAAUUUGGAUGGCACGGACAUCAAGACAGUGAACUCGCGACUGGUGCGACAUCCCUUCUCGAUUGUCAUCCACAACGAUUGGAUGUAUAUUACGGACUGGCGAUUGGAUGCCAUUAUCAGGCUGCACAAGCUGACGGGCGAGCAGGAGGAGAUGAUGGUGAGGGAGCCGCAGACCAACAGGCUGUAUGGGGUUAAGGUGUACAGUCACGAGGUUCAGAGGAUCGCGGAGACGCAACCCUGUCACCGGAACAACGGGGGAUGCCAGAAGAUCUGCUUUGCGGUUCCGAUUGGAGGAGGGAAUGCUACAACGAAUGGAGGUACACCCUCCUUUGGUCGCCUGCAGUCGCGGUGCUCGUGUCCCUAUGGCGAGCGGCUGGCCGAGGAUCAGAUGAGCUGCAUCCCCGAUCCGAGUGCCGAGCCGCCGGUGCAGCCGUGCCCGAACUCCUGGGACUUCACGUGCAACAACCAGCGGUGCAUUCCCAAGUCGUGGGUCUGCGAUGGCGACGACGACUGCCUGGACAACAGCGAUGAGGAGCAGAACUGCACGAAACCCACCUGCGGAUCGAACGAGUUCCAGUGCCGAUCGGGCCGCUGCAUUCCGCAGAACUUCCGCUGCGACCAGGAGAACGACUGUGGCGACAACUCGGACGAGCAGGAAUGCGGCAACGUGACCUGCGGCACCUCGCAGUUCGCCUGCGCCAAUGGGCGAUGCAUUCCGAAUAUGUGGAAGUGCGACAGCGAGAACGAUUGUGGGGAUAGCAGCGAUGAGGGUGACUUUUGUGCCGAGAAGACCUGCGCCUACUUCCAGUUCACGUGUCCGCGGACGGGUCACUGCAUACCGCAGAGUUGGGUGUGCGACGGCGACGACGAUUGCUUCGACAAGCAGGACGAGAAGGACUGUCCGCCGAUCUCCUGUCUGGCCAAUCAGUUCAAGUGCGCCGAUCUGCGGCAGUGCGUCGAGGAGUCGUACAAAUGCGAUGGCAUACCGGACUGCAACGAUGGCUCCGACGAGGUGGGCUGCCCGCCCAUGGGCCCGAAUCAGUGUAAUCUCGAGAAGCACUUCCGCUGCAAGUCUACUGGCUUCUGUAUACCCAUCGCCUGGCAUUGUGAUGGCUCGAAUGAUUGCUCGGAUCAUUCGGAUGAGCAGGACUGCGGUCAGAUCACCUGUGCCCAGAACUUCUUCAAGUGCAACAACACGAACUGUGUGUUCAAGGCCUACAUUUGCGACGGCAAGGACGAUUGUGGUGAUAACUCGGAUGAGGGUGCCGAGCAUGCCUGUGUUCCGCCGCCCUUCAAGUGUCCCCACGGUCAGUGGCAAUGUCCCGGGGUCUCGGAGAGAUGCGUGAACAUAACCUCCGUUUGCGAUGACACCGCCGAUUGUCCCAAUGGUUCCGAUGAGGGUGAAGGUUGCGACCUCGCCGAGUGCGAACAUCAGGCGGGUCAGUGCUCCAGUUUCUGUCAGAAGACCCCGAAUGGAGCUCUGUGCAUCUGUCCACCUGGUUCGGAGAUCGGAGAAGAUGGCUAUACCUGUAUAGACACUAAUGAAUGCGAUCCCCCGGGUCUCUGUUCUCAACAGUGUACGAACACCAAGGGCUCGUACUUCUGUUCCUGCCAAGAGGGUUACAUUUUGGAGCCCAAUAAGCACACCUGCAAGGCAGUCAAUCACACCGCCGCCUUCCUGAUCAUCUCCAAUAGGCAUUCUAUCCUAGUGGCCGAUCUCAAGGAACAGGGACUGGAAAGGGUGCCCAUUAUAGUGGAGAAUGUGGUGGCCACCGCUUCGAACAUGCACACGGGCACCAUUUUCUGGAGCGACAUGAAGCUGAAGAAGAUCUCGCGAUUGGAUAGGGGAAUGGAACCGCAGGAGAUUAUCAACACGGGAUUGGAUCUGGUGGAGGGACUGGCCUACGAUUGGAUAGCCCAGAAUCUCUACUGGCUGGACAGCAAGCUGAACACGAUCGAGGUGUCGGCGGAGAAUGGUUCGAAUCGAUUGGUUCUUGUUAGAGAGAACAUCACUCAGCCCAGAGGCAUGUGCAUCGAUCCGAGUCCCGGGGCAAGAUGGAUCUUCUGGACGGACUGGGGUGAGAAUCCGCGGGUGGAGCGGAUCGGCAUGGAUGGAACGAUGAGGAAGACGAUCAUCAAUACGAAGAUCUAUUGGCCCAAUGGUUUGACCCUGGACAUAGCCACCAAGCGGGUUUACUUUGCGGAUUCCAAGCUGGACUUUAUAGACUUUUGCUACUACAAUGGAACCGGGAGACAGCAGGUUUUGGCCAGCAGUCACUACCUCCUGCAUCCGCACUCGCUGUCCCUCUUCGAGGAUACCCUGUACUGGACGGACAGGCAAUUGAAUCGGGUUCUCUCGGCGAAUAAGUUUAGGGGCAAGAAUCAGACGGUGGUUUCGCACCUGAUUAGCCAACCGCUGUCCAUCCACGUGCAUCAUGCCUCCCUGCAGCCGAUGACCCCGAAUCCCUGUGCCUCAGCACGCUGCCAGCAUCUGUGUCUGCUGAGUCCCAGCGCCUCGGAGGGCUACUCGUGCAAGUGCAAGCCGGGCUUCAAGCUGCUCAGCGAGGGUCGCUGCAUCGAGGAGGAGAAUCCCUUCCUGAUGGUCGUCAAGGGCACGCAGAUAGUGGAUCUUCCGCUGAAUGGUGGCGAUGCGAGGGCAGGAGCCUUGGCUCCGGUGAUUGGAAUCGAGAGCAGCACUGGCCUGGACUUUGAUCGCAAGGGAGAGACCCUCUAUUGGGUGCAGGGCAGGGAGGAUGAUGACGAGAAUUGCACUAUCUAUACGACACCAUACGGAGGUGGCAACAAGACCCUCUUCCUGGGCACCGAAAGCGGCAUUGUCGGAGCACCCUACACCAUUGCCUUCGAUUGGUUGGGUCGGAAUCUCUACAUUGGCAACCGGGUGGCCAGUAAUAUCGAGGCAGUGCGAGUGGAUGGAAAGCAAAAGUACCGGACAAUCAUCCUAGCCAACGAUGGUUAUGCCAACUCGGUGUCGCGACCCAAGCAAAUAGUGCUCGAUCCCACCGACGGCAAGCUCUUCUGGAUCGACGAGGGCGUGCUGGAGGUGCCCAUCAAGAUCGGCAGGGUGGACAUGAAUGGGCAGAACCCCAUUGUGGUCUUCCAGGACUUUGCCCAUCCCGAAUCGCUGGCCGUGGACACGGAGAAGAAGAUGCUCUACUACAGUGCCAGCAAUCCGGCGGUGAUUGGUUCGAUGGAUUAUAACGGAGCUGAUCACACGCUGAUUGUGAUGAAGGACUCGCAUCCGAUGGCCAAGCCGAGGAGUCUGGGCAUCCUGGAUCACCGACUAUACUAUUUGGAUCCCUUGUACGAGCGGAUUGUGCGAAUCGAUCUGCCGCAUGGCGAUAAUCCCAAGACAAUUGUGGAUAAUGAAUCGGAUUUGAGAUCGAUGAUGAUCUACAAGAAGCGCGCUUUGAUGCAGCAUCCCUGCCAGACGAACAACGGCGGCUGCAAGCAUCUCUGCAUUCCGGGAUCGGGAGCUACGAGGACCUGCUCCUGCGGCAUUGGUUAUCGCAAGGAGAACGAGAUCAAUUGCGUGGCCUACAAGACCUUCGCGGUCGUCUCCCAGCUGGACAUGAUCAGGGGAUAUAGCUUAAGUGACAGUGCAGAGGCCAUGGUUCCGGUGAGCGGACCUGGUCAUCACAUCCUCCACGUGGACGUCAUGUAUCGGGAGCAAUGGAUCUACUGGGCGGAAUACAAUCGGGGCUACUGGAAUGGCAUCUUCAGGUCGCGACCCAAUGGCACCGAUCUGCAGCAUGUGGUCAAGGAUGGGAUCGGAAGCAAUGGCAUCCGGGGACUGACCAUCGAUUGGGUGGCCGGUAAUAUGUACUUUACCAAUGUCUAUCCGCAUGAGAAUUACGUGGAGGUCUGCUGGCUGGACGGUAGCAAUAGGAAGGUGUUGGUCAAGACCACCACGGAUGCACCGCGUGAACUCGCGGUGAAUCCCGUGAAGAGGCUGCUCUACUGGAUCGACUAUGGUCAGCAUCCGAGGAUUGGGAAAGCUCUGCUGGACGGAAGCAAGUGGACGCCUUUGGUGACGUCGGGGAUCUCGUUGCCACGCGAUCUAACCAUCGAUAUGCAGACGCAUGACAUCUACUGGGUGGACUCGAAACUGGACACCAUCCAGAAGAUCUCCUUUAAUGGGGCCAAUCGCAAGGUCAUUCGGAGGGAUCUGCCCAAUCCCAUGGGCAUCGCUGUCUAUCUGAACGACGUGUACUGGGUGGACAGGAACCUGAUGACCGUGUUCAAGGCCUCCAAGCACAGUGCUAAUGAGACGGCCACCAGGGUGAGGACGAAUCUGGAGAAGCUGAGGGACAUUGCGAUCUACAAUAUCAACAAUCAGCCGCAGGACGAUACCAAUCCUUGUGCCCACUUGGGCAACGGCGGCUGCGAUCAGUUGUGCUUCAGUUUCCCACCCGAAGGGGGAGCCACCGGUCCAUCGGGCAGGAAUUUCCGUUGCGAGUGUGCGACGGGUAAGCUGAGUGCCGACGAGCGAAAGUGCGAGGUGGUCAACGAGUAUCUGGUCUUUGCCACACGAACCGAAAUUCGAGCCGUUAACCUCGAUCCCCAUUCCACGGAGGUGCCUUUUACCCCGCUGACUAAUCUCACGAAUGUCGUGGGUCUGGACUUUGAUUUCGCGGACAAUCGAAUGUUGUAUACGCAGAUUCGCCCAUGGGCCAAGAUCGCCUAUACGAAGGCGAAUAAGCCGGGACACGAUGACAUCACGGUGGUGCUGAACAAGGGCAUCAAUCCCGAGGGCAUUGCGUACGAUUGGACGCAGUCGAAGAUCUAUUGGACGGACAGCUCGAACAACUCGAUCUAUGCGAUGAAUCUGGAUGGCAGUGAACUGGUGAUGAUUGCCCGGGUGGAGCGUCCCCGAGCGAUUGUCCUGGAUCCCUGCAAUGGAACGCUGUUCUUCACGGAUUGGGGAAGAUUCGGAACCUCUGGCAAGAUAUUCCGCACGACGAUGGCGGGAUCUCUGAAGAGAGCGAUCGUGGAUAAGGACCUGUCGCAGCCCAGUGGCCUGGCCAUCGAUUACGAUGAGAGGAGGUUGUAUUGGACGGAUGCGGUGAGGGAGAAGAUCGAGCGAUCCGAUUUGGAUGGUCAGAACAGGGAGCUCCUGGUGGCCGCCACCAUAUAUCCCUUCGCGAUCACCGUGUUCCGUAACUACAUCUACUGGACGGAUCUCCAGCUGCGCGGUGUCUACCGGGCGGAGAAGCACACGGGUGCGAAUAUGGUGGAGAUGGUGAAGCGACUGGAGGAUUCGCCGCGAGACAUUCGCAUCUACAGUGCGGAUCGGCAGAAGUGCAAUGUGAAUCCGUGCAGGAUCAACAAUGGGGGAUGUGCCCAGAGUUGUCACCCGGCGCCGAAUGGCAAGGCCGAGUGCAAAUGCGAUGAUAAUACGAAGGUGGUGAACGAGGGAAGGAUGUGUGCACCGAGGAAUAAUACGUGCGAGGCCAGCAAGUUCUACUGCAAGAAUGGCAGGUGCAUUUCGAGGAUGUGGUCCUGCGAUGGCGACGACGACUGUGGGGAUAAUUCCGAUGAGGAUCCCAACUACUGUGCCUAUCACUCCUGCUCGCCGAAUGAGUUCCGUUGCAACAAUGGUCGGUGUAUUUUCAAGUCUUGGAAGUGCGAUCACGAGAACGAUUGCAAGGAUGGCUCCGAUGAGCUGGGCUGCACCUAUCCGCCCUGCGUCGAUGGUGAGUUCACCUGCGGCAAUGGCAGGUGUAUUCCCCAGGCCCAGGUGUGCAAUGGGGUGAACGAUUGCAAGGACAAUGCCACCUCGGACGAGACGCACGAGAGGUGUCCCAUGAACACCACCUGUCCGGCGAAUCAUCUCAAGUGCGAGAAGACGAAUAUCUGUGUGGAGCCCUAUUGGCUGUGCGAUGGCGACAACGAUUGCGGCGACAACUCCGACGAGGAUCCCCUGCAUUGUGGUCAGAGAACUUGUCCCACGAACAGCUUCCGCUGCCCCAACCACCGAUGCAUUCCGGCCACCUGGUACUGCGAUGGCGACGAUGAUUGCGGCGAUGGCGCCGACGAGCCACCAGAUUACUGCAAGUCCGAAGGACGCACUUGCUUCGGGGAUCUCUUCACCUGCGACAAUGGCAACUGCAUACCCAGAAUCUACAUUUGCGACGGUGACAACGAUUGCCUGGACAACAGUGACGAGGACAACCGGCAUCAGUGCAAUGACCGAAAGUGUGAUGAGGAAACGGAAUUCACCUGCGUGGAGAACAAGUCCUGGCAGCGAGCCCAGUGCAUCCCCAAAAAAUGGAUCUGCGACGGAGAUCCGGAUUGUGUAGAUGGAGCCGACGAGAACACCACCCUGCACAACUGUGCUACGCAGCAACCCUGUGGCGAGGACAUGUUCACCUGCGGCAACGGACGCUGCAUCAAUAAGGGAUGGAUCUGCGACCAUGACAACGAUUGCGGCGACGGCACCGACGAGGGCAAGUUCUGCAACUCCAAGUACAAGACCUGCUCGGCCCAGGAGUUCACCUGCCAGAACUUCAAGUGCAUCCGCAACCAGUCGAGGUGCGAUGGCGAGGACGACUGCGGCGAUCACUCGGACGAGGUGGGCUGCGCCAAGGAGAACAUCACCUGUCCGCAGGGACAGUUCGCCUGUACGAAUGGCCAGUGCAUCGACUACAAUCUGGUGUGCAACAAGUAUCCCGACUGUGCCGACGAGUCCGAUGAGCCGGCCCACUGCAACGUGGACGAGUGCGCCAAGGUGGAGAUCAAUCAGUGCGGCCACAAGUGCGUGGACACGCUGACGGGCUACUACUGUGACUGCAAUGAGGGCUACAAACUUCUGGCCGACGGCAAGGCAUGUGCGGAUGUGGACGAGUGCCUGGAGCAGCCGGGCGCCUGUUCCCAGCACUGUUCGAACACCCCGGGUGGAUUCUACUGCAAGUGCGAUGAGACCUACUACGAGCGGCAGAACGAUGAGCACACGUGCAAGCGAAAGGACAAGAUACCACCCUGGCUGAUCUUCACCAACAAGUACUAUGUGCGAAAUAUGUCGGUGGAUGGACAUCAGUACAAUUUGAUGCACCAGGAUCUGAUGAAUGUGGUGGCCCUGGACUUUGACAUUCGCGAGGAGUACAUGUACUUCUGCGACGUGACGGCCAAGACGAUAUUCCGGGCCAAGUAUGGGGAGGCAGAUGACGAGAUGCCGCCGGAGCGGGAGGCUGUGAUCAGGCACGAUUCCCAUGGACUGGAGGGCAUCGCCAUCGAUUGGGUGGGUCGCAAGCUCUACUGGUUGGACAGGCACUCCAAGAACCUGGAUGUUUCCGAACUGGAUGGAACCAAACGCAAGACCCUGAGGAGUGGUGUCGUUGAUCCGCGUGCCAUUGUCGUGCAUCCUGGCAUCGGUUAUCUGUACUUCACCUCCUGGCAUCUGCAAGCCUACAUUGCCAAAAUGGGCAUGGAUGGUUCGAACUUCUCGAGGAUCCUGAACUGGAACGACGGUAUCGCCUGGCCGAAUGCCCUGUCCAUUGACUACUUCACGGAUCGUAUUUACUGGGCGGACGCCCACUUGGACUACAUAGCCUAUGCUGAUUUGGAGGGCAGGCAUCGGCAUACGGUGCUCUCUGGCAGCAAGGUGCCUCAUGUGUUUGCACUGAGUCUCUUCGACGACUACAUCUACUGGAGUGACUGGAAUCUGAAGGCCAUUGUGCGGGCCAACAAGUUCCAUGGUGCCAACUACACGGUGCUGAGGAAUACCACCCAUCGUCCCUACGACCUGCACAUCAAUCAUCCGCUGAGGCAACUGCCCUACACCAAUCCCUGUGGCACCAACAACGGCGGUUGCUCGCAUCUCUGCCUGAUAGCUCCACCGCCGGAGUCCACGUACCUGAAUAUCGAGGGCUAUAUCGAGGAGGGAGCUCCGAUCUUCAAGUGCGCCUGUCCCAAUCAGUUCUACUUGGCCCGGGACAUGAAGACUUGCGUGGCCAAUUGCACGGCCGGGCAGCAUUUGUGCGGCGGUCGGGAUGAGAAGUGCAUACCGUGGUUCUGGAAGUGCGACGGGGAGAAGGACUGCAAGGAUGGCAGCGAUGAGCCAGCCACCUGUGCCGCGCGACACUGCCGGGCCGGAACGUUCCAGUGCAAGAAUACCAACUGCACACCCUCGGCGACCAUUUGCGAUGGCGUGGACGACUGCGGUGAUCGUAGCGACGAACAGAAUUGCGAUCUACCCUGCCCGCUGUCCGAUUUCAAGUGCAAAUCCAGUGGUAGGUGCAUCCUGGACAGCUGGCGCUGCGAUGGCGAUGCCGACUGCAAGGAUGGCAGCGACGAGGACCCCGCCGUGUGCUUCAAGCGCACCUGCGAUCCCAAGACGGAGUUUGCCUGCAAGAAUGGCCGCUGCAUUCCGCAACUGUGGAUGUGCGAUUUCGACAACGAUUGCGGCGAUGAUUCCGAUGAGCCGGCGUACAUGUGCCGCCAGCGCAACUGCACCACCGGCUGGCAGAGAUGCCCUGGUCAGUCGAACUACCGCUGCAUUCCCAAGUGGCUGUUCUGCGACGGCAAGGACGAUUGUCGGGACAACAGCGACGAGCUGCCAGAGAACUGCCCCAAGUGUAAUCCCGAGACGGACUUCAAGUGCGGCAACAACCGAUGCAUACCCAAGCAAUGGAUGUGUGACUUUGCGGACGAUUGUGGCGAUGCUAGCGAUGAGAACGAGGCUGUCUGCAAGGGUCGCUAUCGGGAGUGCUCCGAAUCGGAGUUCCGCUGCGGCAACGGCAAGUGCAUCUCCUCCCGGUGGCAGUGCGAUCAUGAGGACGACUGCGGCGACAACUCGGACGAGAUGCACUGCGAGGGCUAUCAGUGCAAAAACGGCACCUUCCAGUGCGCUUCCGGUCAUUGCAUAGCCUCCUACUUCCGUUGCGACGGCGAUCGCGAUUGCCGCGACAUGUCCGACGAGGUGGGCUGUCCGCCGCGCUUCCCGGGCGGUCGCUACUGUCCCGAGUCGCGUUUCCAGUGCAACAACAACCUGUGCGUCUCGCUGUCGGACCUCUGUGACGGCACAGAUGAUUGCGGUGAUGGCAGCGACGAGGAUCCCAGCGUUUGCAGUGACUUCAAUUGCGAUACCCUGCGGCGAUUCCAGUGCUCCAAUCAUCGAUGCGUGGCUCGCUAUCAAAUCUGCGAUGGUGUGGACAACUGCGGCGAUGGCAGUGAUGAGAACAACAUGACCCUGUGUGCCAGCAAACAGAAGCCCUGCGAUCUGUACACCCAGUACCAGUGCGCCAACAAGCACUGCAUCGAACGCUCGCAGGUGUGCGACUUCUCCGACGAUUGUGGCGAUGCCAGCGAUGAGUUGGGCUGCCACCACACGAGCAGCUGCUCCGAACAGAAUCGCGGUGGGUGUCAGCAUCACUGCCACAAUCUCACCGACGGUGGGUACAUAUGCACCUGCUAUCCCGGCUACAUCAUAGCCGGCGACAACAAGAAGAAGUGCUCCGACGUGGACGAGUGCCUCACGCGACAGCACACGUGUUCGCAUCAGUGUCACAAUCUCAAUGGCACCUACUCGUGCAGUUGCCGCGAGGGUUUCCAUCUGACCGACGGCUCGAGUGGCGUUUGUCGUGCCGAAAAGGAGGAUGUCAUUUUGGUAUUUGCCAACGGUCAGGAGAUCCGAGGUUUGGACCUCCAGAAACGCGAGGAAUUCGAUGUGAUUGCGGAGGAGAAGCGGAUCGAGGCACUGGACUACGAUGCCCAGCAGCAGAUCGUCUUUUGGGCGGAUAGCUAUGACAAGACGAUCAAGCGUUCGUACAUGGUGAAUGCCAUCGAUGGCAGGGCCAAGAUUGGCUUUGCCCAGGAUCUGAACAUGAAGGGAGGAUCGAAACCCACCGCCGUGGCCGUCGAUUGGCUGGCCUCGAAUCUCUACUGGACGGAAAUGGACAGGACGGGCUCGAAGCCGCGUGGUCGAGUGAUGGUGGCCAAGACGGAUGGAAGGUAUCGCAGGUCGAUUGUGAAUGCCGGUCUGGAGGUGCCCACUUCGAUAGCGGUUAAUCCACAGCUGGGCAGGAUCUACUGGUCGGAUGCGGGCUCCGCGCCCAAGAUAGAGGUCUCCUGGAUGGAUGGGUCCAAGCGGCGACCGCUGAUCACCGAGCAGAUUCGUCAUCCCGCCGGCCUGACCAUCGAUUACUCGCAGGAUCACAUCAUCUACUGGGUGGACACCAAGCUGAAUGCCAUUGAAUCGAUGCGGGCCGAUGGUUCGCGUCGCAAGGCCAUUGUGAAGGGUGACCAGCUGAGGCAUCCCGUUUCCCUCGAUCUCUUCGAAUCCAACAUGUUCUGGAUGACACGCGACACCGGGGAGCUGGUGCGCCAGGAUAAGUUCGGGCGCGGAGUGCAGGUGGUGCUGCAUCGCAACCUCGUCAAUCCGUCCGGCCUGAAGGUCUACCACGACAAGCGGUACAACACCUCGCUGCCCAAUCCGUGCGACAACUCCACCUGCUCGCACCUCUGCCUCCUGGUGCCCGGCGGCCAUCGGUGCGCCUGUCCCGACGCCUCCGGUCCGCCGCCCUCGCAUCGCAGCACCGCCGAGGUGAUCUGUAAUGCCGCCGCCGAGCAUCCGCGUCCGGCGCCGAGGAUUUGUCCCUGCCAGAACGGCGGGCUCUGCAAGGAGGAUGCCCAGGGUGAGCUCGUCUGCGACUGUUUGGCCGAGUUCCGGGGCGAGCACUGCGAGACGAGCACCACCGGAGCCUUUGGUCAUGGGGGCGCCAAUGUCACCGCCGUCGUGGUGCCCAUCAUGGUCAUCCUGCUGGUGAUGAUGGCCGCCGCCGGCGCCUGGUACGUCAUCCGGAAGAGACCUUUUGGCAAAUUGGCUCGCAUGCCGGCGAUGACCUCGUCGCAGAGCGUGACCUUCCGCCACGGGUCGAAUGUGGAGUUCAGCGAGAGCGGCUUCCCGGGGGCAUCCGCACCGGGGGCCGGCGAUGUGGCGCCCAUCGAGGGCUACAACCUGCAGACGGUGAACGCGAACAAGGCGCGCGACUUUGCCAAUCCGAUGUACGAUGCAGUGCAGUCGGGCACCACCGCCGAUCCAGGCAUGGGCAACGGCUCGGGCAUCUACGAUGUGCCCGGCGAACCGUCGGCCAAGGGCAAGGCCAUGGGCCACCAUGCGGGCGGAUCCUUCACGGAGCCCGCCUCGGCGAUCAUCGCGCCCAGCAGCAUCACGCACAAGGCGUCGCCGCAGCUGCAGCUGCGCACCAGGGAGCUGGACCCCUCGGCGGACACCGGCAAGGACACCCAGUUCCUGGUGGAGGAGGACAAGUCCGAGUGCUGAUAUCAAGCCCGUCAAUCGGCUGCAGUUGCGAUGGCCAGCUGUCGCCGGCAGCAGCAGCAGCAGAAG